GCUAACACAAAACAUCCAUAACGCACCCCCACCACCACCACCCCCACAUACUUCAUACAUAGACGCCCUCCCCGUACCUCGUCGUGAAAACAUGGAUAUCGACGAGGCCCUGAGCCAGCACGAGCUGCACGAGUCGCUCUCCACAGAUAGUCUCGCCUCAAACAAAAACAACAAGGCCGCCGGCGCCCCGUCGAAAUGGCGUCCUACCUCAGGUCAUUUUGGCCUCAAAGCCGCUUCCAAAUACAGCAACUCGUUCGAUAACCUGGCGUCUCCAAUGACUCCUCGGGACUUGGGGCAAAACCUGGCCAGCCUUAGAAGAGCCCAGUCGGUCAAAGAUGUCGGGCAAAAUGACGCUCCAAUGCCGAUGAGCACCACAGACCUCACCUCGGCAAUACUGGGUGCCAGCUCCAUAGAAAUACUGCAGACUACAUCUACCACCUCGCCACAACAAACCGAAUCCGCCUCAAUAACUUCCCAGUCCGUAGCCGCGGCACCGGCAGCUGCAGCUCGGCCUCCGGUGCUUCGCUCGCGGUCAUCAUACUCCUUCCAGUCCAUGAGCAACUUGCUCACUCUAUCAAACCUGACAAGGCACCUCCGGAAGCAAUCCACAAUAGACGGUACGAUACAAAUACCUUUGGCGACCGCAACAGUGGCCCCUUCCAGCACAUCGACGGGAAAUCCACGGCCGACUCCCAAGGUAGAUACAUCCCUCUUGAAGGAUAAAGAUGGAUUCCUGAAAGACAUCAGCUCUCGUGGGUUUUCGGGGUUAUGGAAUCAUCCUAUUACGCGGUGCUACUUCCUGAUGUUUCUUCUGUGGCGAAAUCUGGAGAAUCUCUAUUACUUUCGAAUGGACGCUCAGAACUUUCGUGUCGACUUUCCAUACCUGUACAGCUCCGCACGGAAGAGCCAAGCAUACCGCAUCUACAAUACAUACCUGUCGAGAACAUCGCCAAUGUACAUUCUGCGACAAAUACCCGAACACUACCAAUUGGCACGGAACGUGAUCGACAAGAUCAAACUCACCCUAGAAAGUCCCACCCCGAUCCUUUUUGACGACAUGGCGUUUGUUGUCUUGAACUGGCUGCACGACAUCCACGACGGGGCACCCAUUUCAGAUAGCCCACAAUUACCGUCCUCAGAUAAAGACGCCGCGCCAGCGAGUCCGACAGCAGGUCAACCCUUCAUCGAGACGGCGUUCUUUCAAGCAAUGCGCAACGAUUUGAGAGGCACCCGCCACCUGACGACAAUACAGUACAACAGGGCGGCGGAGCGGAUCACGGACAUGCCUCCGUUCACGUAUGAGAGCGGGGAGGUGUGGGAGAAGCUGAUGACGACGUUGGAGGUGAUGGGGGUGGACUGUGAGAGGUUUCGGGCGAGGGGCGCGGGCGCCUCUUUGCACCGGAAGUCUUCGCAGAAGGAAUCCGGAAAAGCUACCACAUCCAGAUCGAGAAGUGCCUCUUCGAUGAACGAUCCACGCAGACCACUCACCCCUGAUAGUCCGGACGAGAUGACGGCAAAUGUUAUGAAGGAUUGGAAGCGGACGUCCACGAAUCAACUAAACCCAGUCGUCUUCGCCUCAAACGACCUCGCCCACACCUUCGUUCAAUACUCCGGCACCGACCAACUCUACUGCGAAUACUGCUUCAACCCCCUCGACGCGCCCAUCUCCACCUACCGCUGCGAGUCCUGCGGGUACAUGUGCCACAAACAGUGCCGCAAAGAAACCCACGUCUCCUGCGUGAAACCCAGCACCGCCCUCGACGUCGAAGACCAGUCUGAAGUCCUCUCGGAAAAGAUGGCGCGGUCGACGGAGAAGAUGCAGGCGAUACAAAGGGAGAUUGAUAUUGAGAGUAAGAUUAGAGACGGAUUGAAUAAUUUGAGGAGAGCGAAGGGGGAGUUGGGGAAAAGUUCAAAGAAACCGAUGCCGGUGGAGGUGGAUUCGCAGAUGGAGCGGUCGGAUCGGAAGCUGGAGGCGUUGAAGCAUGAGUUGCAGAAAUGUCGGUUGCAGUUGGCGGCGUUGUCUGCGGCGGCUGCGGCGGCUGCGAAUAUCUCGGCGGCCCCAAGGGAUGAGGUUGGGGACGCGACGUUGGGCGGGCAUCGACGGAUGGGGAGCGCUUCGACCACCGUGUUGCAGAACAUUUCGGCUGAUGGGGAGGUGGUGAAGAUCGUGACGAUGGAUUCCGCACGUAAAGCGGAAUCCACAAAAACUUUCUACGUCACCACCGACACGACCAUCAAGCAGCUGAUCACCAUGGCCCUGCAGAAAUUCAUGUUCUCGGGUAACGCCGAGGAUUAUCGCCUAUCGUACAAAACGGCAGACGCGGAGGAAGUUCCCCUCCGACACGAAGACCACCCCUUCCGUCUCGGACUCAACCUCAUCGACACGCCCUUCCGGCUCACGGUCAACUUUGACAGCGCCGACCCAACCGGCGGCACCACCUCUCCCAACGCUAAACCAGCUGCGCUCACCCGCGAAGACGCAAUCCGCCAACGCAAAGAACGCGAAGUCCUGCUCGAAAUCGCCGAAACCGAAAUCAACUACACCGCCGACCUCCACAACAUCGUCGCCCUCUUCUUCCGCCCCCUCUCCGUCGCCACCGUCCUCACCCACGAAUCCGAAGCCAACAUCUUUGCUAACCUCAAGGAACUUGCUGACACCCACCAGAGUAUCGCGAACGCACUGCAGGUCAUGAUGCCGGAUAUCAUGACCAAAGACAUGUUAACCGAUAUCAUAUCAUUGUUCUCACGCCACGUCGACUCCCUCGCGGCCUAUGAAGUCUACUGCCGCAACCAACACAACGCGCGCCGCACCCUCGCGCGCCUCAAAGAAGACCCGACGUUCCUCAAAAUCCUCACCCAAUGCGAAUCCAACCCAAAACUCAACAAACUCUCCCUCGCGGACCUGCUAGUCAAACCGAUGCACCGCGUGACCCGGUACCCGAUCCUUUUUAAACGGCUGUUGUCGAAUUUACCAAAGGCGACGUUGGAGCAUGAGGUUGUGAAUGAGUUGAUCAAUGGGAUUGAGGAGAAGGUGGCGGGGAUCAAUGAGAGUGUGAGGAAAUGGGAGGCGGAUUGGAGGAUUCAUGUUAUUGAGGACUCGUUGGAUUUCAAUGGGGUUGUUGAGGUGGGUGGCAUCACAUCACCUGCCUGUCGGCCCCACCCCACACUUUAUACUGACCGACGGUUUUUGGGGGCUAUCCUCCCAUGUAUUCAGCGAUUCAAAGUAGCAAACGGAAGACGGGAACUCAUCACCGAGAAAACGUUCACGUACCUGAAAAAGAACACCAACGGGACGGUGGAAGUCUCCGUCUUGUUCUUCACGGAUCUGUUGAUGAUCAUCCGGUCGAAGAAGGCCGCGGACUCGUAUCUGCUGUUCAGGCCGCCGAUCCCGUUGGAGGCUGCGGUGUUUCUGGAUAAACCUGAUGCCGAUGGGAUGAAAAACAUCUUUCGCAUAGUGCACCUCCACCAAGAAACCCACUCCUUCCAAGCCAUCUCCGCCUACGACAAAAACACCUGGCUCACCGAAGCCGAAGCGAUCCGCAUGCAGUUCUGUCUCCUCCACUACUCGCACGAAAACAACCUCCUCGCCCUCGCACUCAAAGCGUACUCCCACGAUUCUGAUACCACCACCACAUCCGCCCCACUCUCACCAACCCCCAACGACAGCAAAACCCCCGGCACCGGCACAAUGCGCCGCCGCUACACAGCCUCCCCCCGCGCCUCGGUCCGCAAACACACCCAAUCAGUCGACCUAACCCCCUCCGAACAGUCCUCGGUGAUAUCCGAAGACUCUCCAGGCACGACAACCACCGGCGCAGACGUCAAGCGCGCAGGCUCGUGGGCGCACAUGCUGAAAUCAUCGUUCAGGAAAGCCAACCCGUUGACGCAGACGAUGCUUGACGCGUCGUCGUCGGAGGACGUGCCGGCGUUGCCGAUGCGGAGCGCGAGUGAGAGUGGGUUGAGUUCGUCUGAGCCGGGGUUGGGCGGCAGUCUGGGCGGGUCGGUGGUUAGCGAGGUGGGGGCUGCGGAGACGCCGCCGAGGAGGAGGGGAGGGAAGCAUAGGAAGGCGCCGUCGUUUUCGGCGAGUGUGGGGUCGUUGGUGGACCGCACGGGGGGGACGGGGACGCCGCCGCCGGUGUCGAUGCCAUUGGAACGGGAUGGUAGUGUGGGCAAUACGGCGCCCAGUACGGCUACGGGGACGAUAUCGGAGGAGGAUGGGAAUCACGUGCCUGGUAUUCCGCCGCUGACCAUCUCACCAUCGGCGCCGAGUUCAGUCCGCGGCGGGACCGCGACGCAGGAGGUGCAUAAACCACGCAAGAACAAGAAGAAAAGGCUCUCCUCGCUGCAGUUUGUCUACUUCGAGGAUAAACCCGCUAAAAGCCCCGACAACCCCAACUACCACCCGGUAGAAGUCGUCAGCCCCGAUGGCGCCGCCCACACCUCCACCACCAACGAGACAGUGCACCCCACCAACGUCAUAACAUCACCAACCGCCCGCCGCAACAACAGCAACACAAGCUCCGACCCCCCCUCCGCCAUCGCCUCCGCGCCGCCCAUCCAGCAAUCCACCCCGGCACCAUUCCCCUCCUCACCCCUUGACCUCACAAACCUCGCCGACAGGAAAAACGCCGCGAGGACUGUGUCGUUACCUGACCAGCCGCUGGCUGAGGGAGGGAAGGGAAAAAAGGGCACGUUGGGGAGACAUUGGUGGACUUCGUGGGGCGGGAGGGGAAAGGGUAGUGGGAGUGGGUCGAGCGCGGGGAGUGCGGCGGGGGGGUCGCAGAAUGGGGGGUGAGGCGAAUGGGAGAGAUACAUUGAGGGGGGAUUUCGGAAAAGAGUUUUGGAACGAGACGAUAGACACAUUUUUGAUUUUUGUGCUUUUUUGGAUUCUGGUUUUCUGGAACUGGUUGUAUAUAAGUGUAUUGUGAGUGUUGGUGAAAUGCCAACCCGUUCUCGGCCCGUGGAGACAUAUGAUCCUUGAAGACCAUCGGAUAUGGGUGGCUACAACACCUACGAUUUUUCGCAUCUUUCCAGUCUUUCA